CGCCAAAUUGCAGCUUGAGGGUGGAACCUCCAUCUGCACAGCCUCAGGUGCAUUGGUGCAUUUGGAGCUCACUCUUUUCUCACACUGUCUAGCUUGUCGGCCUCGGAGUUGCUAUUCUCAAACUCUUCACAGGCCAGAGCUCAGGAAGUACUGCCAGAGCGCCCUGCCUCGAUGAGGGCUGCCCUUUCAGCGGUCCCAAUUGCCCGGGCACUGUCCAGUUCCCCCGGUCUCUUGCACGGUAGCAGACGGAACUGUUGCAUGCGGAGCAACGAAGUGCUUGGCAGAGUGGUGGCAUUCGCAGGUUCAGGAACCGGGAACUCAGUGGCCGCCAGCCGUUUGAGCAGACACCUUGGCAUCAGCAACAGAUCCAUAGAAAGCCAGACCAGACUCUUCUCAAGCAAUAGCAGGCCCAUCUCCACCACCUGCAUGGCGGCCAGUCAGGAAGAACAAGCGGCGGCUGCCGCAGCAAAGACCAAGUCUGAUGAUCAGCCGACGCUUUUCGACAAGAUCAUCAGCAAGGAGAUUCCUGCAACCAUAGUCUAUGAAGACGACCUUGUGCUGGCGUUCCGUGACAUCAGCCCCCAGGCGCCGACGCACAUCAUUCUGGUGCCCAAGCAGAGAAACGGCCUUACGCAGCUCUCAAAGGCCACAGAGGGCAACAAGGAGGUUUUGGGCCACUUGCUCCUGAAGGCAGGGGAAAUCGCCAAAGCGGAGAAGCUGGAUGAGGGCUUCCGGGUGGUUAUCAACAACGGGCCGCAGGGAUGUCAAUCGGUGUACCACCUUCACCUGCACAUCAUUGGCGGUCGUCAGAUGAAGUGGCCUCCCGGUUAAGUCCUUGCAGCAGCAUACUUUUCGGUCGCUUGGAAAGAGUCAAAAUCUGUUGAUGAAGUUGGGGUGGCGCAGAGUUGCAGAGAGCCGCCGCCCAGCGGUUUAUGCGGGCAAGCCAGGAGCUAUCAACAGUGAUAGACGUCCGCGUUACUCCGUUCAGUUCCAGCUUUCGUUAGCUCUGAUUUCGGACACUGUUGGUUCUCGCGAUCAUGUGCAUGGCAUGAUUGAGUCACACUGAAAGCGGCACUGUAGAAUGCGCGGCCUUAGGAUCUAGUGCAACGUGAAUCCAAGGAUCUGAGGUGGUACAGGAUCUUUCUUUGAUUUCCCAAUCAUUUGCUCGUCAUCCCAAGUUUCUCCAAGUACCAGACCAUGGACGG